GGGGAGUUGGUGUUGCCCAGUUGGUGUCCCUGACGUGCGGCGUUGCCGUGUGUGUGUUUCAAAGGAUGUUUUGGUGGCGUCAUUUUCGUGAAAAACCUUAAACGAUGAGUUUUUCCAGCGACGAGGUGAAUUUCCUCGUUUAUAGAUAUUUGCAAGAAUCGGGUUUUCAACACUCUGCAUACACUUUCGGUAUUGAAUCGCAUAUUUCCCGAUCAAACAUCAAUGGGGCCCUUGUGCCCCCCGCUGCACUUCUCAGUAUUCUCCAAAAAGGUUUGCAAUACACCGAAGCCGAAAUCAGUAUAGGGGAAGAUGGACUGGAACAAAGACUAGUUGAGAGUUUGAGUUUAAUCGAUGCUGUGAUGCCUGAUGUGGUGGCGAGUCGCCAAAACCAGCAAAAUGCCCAGAAACAGCCCAUCAAGGCUGAAAUCACUGACACAAACGGCGAGGAAGCUGUAGUCUCCACACAGAACGAAAACAUGGAAGUGGACACAUCGAUUGAGAUUCCUACUUCGAAAGCCACUGUUUUGCGGGGGCAUGAAUCAGAAGUCUUCAUUUGUGCUUGGAACCCCACUACGGAUUUGUUAGCUAGUGGGUCUGGGGACAGCACAGCCCGGAUUUGGGACAUGUCCGACAACACCGCGAGCCCCAAUCAAUUGGUUUUGAGGCAUUGCAUCCAGAAGGGUGGGACUGAAGUGCCCAGUAACAAGGAUGUUACAUCUCUAGACUGGAAUUGUGAUGGUAGUUUAUUAGCAACUGGAAGCUACGACGGCUAUGCACGAAUAUGGACAACAGACGGCCGCCUUGCUAGUACUUUGGGUCAACACAAGGGCCCCAUUUUCGCCCUGAAAUGGAACAAACGCGGCAACUACAUUCUUUCAGCCGGCGUCGAUAAAACCACUAUUAUUUGGGACGCAGCAAGUGGGCAAUGCACCCAACAGUUCAGUUUUCACUCCGCCCCAGCUUUGGACGUCGAUUGGCAAACUAACACGUCUUUCGCCAGCUGUUCAACCGAUCAGUGCAUCCACGUCUGUAAACUGUCUCUCGAUAAGCCAAUCAAGUCGUUUCAAGGACACACAAACGAAGUUAACGCGAUUAAGUGGGACCCUCAGGGCAAUUUCCUCGCUUCUUGUUCGGACGAUAUGACUUUGAAGAUUUGGUCGAUGAAACAGGACAAUUGUGUCCACGAUUUGCAAGCCCACUCGAAGGAGAUUUACACGAUUAAGUGGUCGCCGACAGGGCCGGGGACGCAAAAUCCCAAUAUGAAUUUGAUUCUAGCGUCGGCGAGUUUUGAUUCGACUGUUCGAUUGUGGGAUGUGGAAAGGGGCGCUUGCAUUCACACGUUGACCAAACACACUGAACCUGUCUAUUCGGUGGCUUUUAGCCCCGAUGGGAAGUUCCUAGCGAGUGGGAGUUUCGAUAAAUGCGUUCAUAUUUGGUCGACACAGUCGGGACAACUGGUGCACAGUUAUAAGGGCACAGGGGGGAUUUUUGAGGUUUGUUGGAACUCCAGAGGGGAUAAAGUCGGGGCGAGUGCUUCAGAUGGCAGUGUGUUUGUUUUAGACUUGCGCAAAUUGUAGAUAUUUUUUAUAUUUUAACUGUUGUUGCAAAAAAAGAGCGACAAUAUAAUUACUAGAAAUUA